AAAUGCCCUUGUCAUCAUUUGGGAGAAAUUUUGCAGUCUCUGCAGUUUGAGGCUCUAAUGAGUUUUACGAGCAAAGCAAGCAGCAAACAAAACGCUGAAGAAGUAGGAAAUCUGAAGGUGCACCUUCAAAUCUCUUUUAGAGGACACUAAACUCAAUCAAACCCAUCCAAGAACUCAAGGUAAUUAACUCCACCGCAGCUUCUCAUGUUAGUCGUUUCCAAUUAGUAGCAAGCAAGCUUAUAAAGCUAUGGUAAUUUAUUUUCCUUAAUAAUCAAACAAGAGAGGGAAAAAUCUGGGUCAAUCAUUCAUUUCUAAUCAAACUAGCCAUGACCCAUUUGCACAAACUUAGAAAACAAUCCAUUCUCAAAUGGGUUUCUUCAAAUUUUAUUGAUAGCCAUAAAAUCCCAUUAUGGCCUAUUGGGUAUAAGUUUAGGUUCUAUGGUAGUGAAAGAGUUGAAAUUUGUGAUGAUUUAGCUAAUCCUUCUGUAGAUAGUAACCGAAGCAUUGGUAAAAUCUCUCGUACCACUGUAAAAGGAGCUCAGGCUGCGUUGUUAGAGUAUUUGCAUGUUACCAGAAGUAUUCCAUUUAUGGAUGCAGAGAAUAUGAGUGUGAACUCACCUCACUUUCUCAAGAAGUUAUUGCAGAAGAUUGAUAAUGGGACGGAUAUUGGAUGGUCAGUUACUCGUUUCUUGCGGUAUCACCCCAUUAAUGAAUUCGAGCCCUUCUUUGAGAGUCUAGGCUUAAAACCUUAUGAACUUAUUCCCUUGCUUCCUCGUGACUUGAUGUUUUUAAGUGAUGAUGAUUUGUUGUUGGAGAAUUAUUAUGUUUUGUGUAAUUAUGGCAUUCCAAGAUAUAAGAUAGGAAGGAUUUAUAAGGAAGCAAUGGAAAUUUUCGGGUAUAAUUAUGGCGCCUUGGCAUCAAAGCUCGAAGCUUAUGAGCAAUUGGGGCUUAGCCAGUAUUUUAUUUGUAAGGUGGUUGCUUGUAGCCCAUAUCUCUUGAUCGGUGAUGUAAAUGUAGACUUUGUGAAGGUGGUCAAGAUAUUGAGGGAAGGAGGAAUUGAGUUCAGUUGGAUUGAGGAGCAUUUGAUGGAGAACAGUUACAAUUGGAGACAGAUACUGGCACUUCUGAACUUAUUCAGAAAGGCAGGUUACAAUGAGGCACAGUUAGGUGCCCUGAUAAGCCAUCAUCCAGGGAUUUUAUUUGAGGGAUCAGGGGAUAAAACAUUAUCCUUGAUUGGGUUUCUAUUCAAGCUUGGAUGCUCUAUGAACCAGAUAUGUUCAAUGUUUCUACAGUUUCCUGAAAUGCAAGUUGGGAAAUUUGUCUAUAAUUUGAAACGAUGCUUUCUGCUACUGACUGAUAUUGAGAUGGAUAUAAAUGAGAUUGGGAAGAUUGUUUGUUCUCAUCUGCUUUUGCUAGGUUCAUUUACAUUGAAGAGAACCAAUUCCAUACUUGCUAAUCUGAAUAUUGGGAAGAAAAGACUUCAUAAACUCAUUCAGGAAAACCCACAAGAAAUGAAGAGAUGGGAAAUGGGUUCAAGAGUCGAACGAUUACCAAGCUCGUGGGAGGAAUCAAAAACGCUGAAGACUAAGUUCUUGGUGGAUAUGGGAUUGGUUAACAACCUAAACAAAAUGGAACAAGCACUGAAGGUUUUUCGAGGCAGAGGAACAGAAAUCCAGGAGAGAUUUGAUUGCAUCAUGAAAGCUGGUUUGGACAGGAAGGAUGUUCUUGAAAUGAUCAAAACAUCUCCUCAAAUCCUUAAUCAGAAGAAGGAGAUUCUUGAAAAGAAGAUUGAUUUUCUUGUAAAUGGCUUAGGCUAUCCAGCAUCAUAUUUAGUGAACUUCCCAUCAUAUCUUAACUAUACAAUAGUAAGAGUCAAGCUUAGGUUAUCAAUGUAUACUUGGCUCAAAGAGCAAGGCACCAUUGAUUCCAAACUUGCCCUGAGCACCGUAAUUGCAUGCGCAGAGAACUUAUUUGUUGAACAGUAUGUAAAGCAUCAUCCAAGAGGCCCUGUAGUGUGGCAGGAUCUGAAGAAUAAAAUUUGUUAUUAACAGAA